AAAGUGCCUACGUUCUUCGUGCACGUCGUGGUGUGACGACGCUGCGAUGACAGCGAACUAACCAGCUUUCUCAAAUGGCUGUCAACUCGCCGGCCACUUCUCAACGCCAGCAACAGGACGAAUCAUCGGCCGAUCCGAAUGUGCCGUUCGAGGAUUACGUCGGUGUGCUGUGCUACCACAGUGAUACGCGAUGCGGACUCGUGGACUACCCCAACAAGGGCCUCUGGUUGCCAUACAAAGAAAUCGUCCCCGGCGAAAGCUGGGACACUACGAUGGAGACCUUGCUGCGAGACUUGUCCAUCAAGUCGUUCACCAAUCAGGGCAUCAUACAAGUGUUACGGAUACAACCAGCUCUUCACCGGCCAUUCUUCACGAGAGUCAUCUUCGCAGUGCGGGUGAAUGAGCCAACAGAGCAGCCUGCAGAAGAAACGGCAAGCCAGGUGCACAUCCAGUGGGUGUCUGCCGAGGAGAUCCAGCGCAUGGUGAAGGUUCGGCCGUUGCCGUUCCUCGGGGUGGAGCCCGCCGAGCUUUGUAAGCUGCUGCUGCAGAACCGGCAGCCACCCGUGCCAUGCGAGUUCCUCGAGAUGAACGCCAGCACGCCUCUGACGGCGCAGGGCUCGCCCACUCGACCCAGCGUGCCCGCUCGAGAGUCGCAGAUUGAGCAGAUGCUGGAGUCGGCGAAGUUUGGCCAACAAGAGCAAGACGCCGUGCGCUUUGACUUCUGCAAAUUUGCAAAGCCGAGCACGUACAUGAACGAAGCAACAUUCCAGAGGUACGUCACCGGCCUAGGUUGGGAGCCCUCGCCACAGCUCUCCGACUUGUUCAGAGCGAUGGACGUGCACAACCGUGGUGCGCUGACCUUCAAGGAGCUGGUGCUAGGUCUGGCGGCCAUGGAACCGGGAACCCAGCACGGCGGGAACCCCGGCGAGCAGCGCUGCCGUCACAUCUUUCGCCUCUACGACACCAACUGCGACGGCAUUAUGGAGUAUUCCGAGUUCAGGAAAAUGGUCAAGGACAUUCAGCUCAUGAGAGGGAUCACCAUGGAUGAGGCAGCACUGGACAAGUUCACAGCUACAAGUGCUGUGAGCUUUAACUUGCCGACUGGUGGACAGCUGCCUCUGAAUGAGUUUCUUCUGGCCGUCGGACAGCUCAAGUUCAGGGGCACGUCACUGUUGUUCCGGUCACCGUCUUCAGUGCUGCCCACGCUCAAGAAGAAGUACACACAGGAGUCGCUCAUUGAGCCCACCACCAAGAGGUCCAAGAUGUUCCACCCAACCAUAGGCAAUGACAACAUGGAUCAGAGCGCUGUGUCGGCCGUGGAAGACUCGGUGUCAGCUGAAGCCACAAACCGUUUCCCAAAUCAGGUUGGCCAAUACGAGCUGGCUACUCACUCGGUGAAGGUGCGCCGUACCGGCACCCUCGUGGACGUGCUCUCGCUUUGGCAACUUGAAGGCACAGCUGCCCUCACAAAGAGUUCCCGACUGGGUGAAAAGACGAGGUUUGAAAGGUUGCCCUCGAUGGAUUCGUUCAACCAAAAGUCUCACGCCAAUGAGAUGCUAGCGGGUCUGCGCUACUUCGAGAGGGCCAUCCGCAAGGACAAUCCAGAGGGACGCCCUGGAGCAGGCCGCAUGUCCAAGGAUGCCUUCAGCUGGGGCGAGGUGGACAGGCAGGCCCUGGCGCGUUGCCUGCUAGCGAUGUGCCGGCAGACGCGCGACAUCAUGUUCACCGAGCCGCGUCUGCUGAAGCUCAGCGUGCCCACGUACAUCCUUGGCGACAUCCACGGCAAUUACCGGGACCUGGUGUGCUUUGAGAAGGCACUCUGGCGAAUGGGACCCGUGCUGACGCCAGCCAACUUCCUCUUCCUCGGCGAUUACGUUGACCGUGGAGAGCAUGGCGUGGAGGUCAUAGCACACCUGUUUGCUCAGAAGAUACUGGCCCCCGACAAAUUCUAUCUCCUCAGAGGCAACCACGAGGUGCGAAGUGUGCAGAAGAUGUUCACCUUCUACACCGAGUGCGUGAACAAGUUUGGAGAUCGGGUUGGCGUAGAGGUGUGGGAGCAGAUAAAUGCCUGCUUCGACGUCAUGCCAAUCGCUGCUGUGGUGGACACAAAAGUGUUUUGUGUGCACGGGGGCAUCCCUCCUCCGUGGCUCGGUGGCGGCUACCUGGCUGCGAUAAACCAGAUUCCGAAGCCGCUGAGUGAUCCGGAAAGCCAGUCAUCACUUGCCUGGGAGCUCAUGUGGAGUGACCCCAUUUCCACUGAAGCAGAUCAGCAGAGGGACUUUGUGCCCAACAUGAAGCGAGGCACAGCGCACAUGUUCAGUGCCGAGGCCCUCGAAGAGUUCCUCGCCCGCAACGAGCUCUCGCACGUUGUCAGGGCUCACGAGGUCCAGCAGGCUGGAUUUCAGGUGCAGCAGAAGGGCAAGUUGUUGACUGUCUUCUCGUCGUCGCACUACUGCGGCGGAUCGAAUGAGGCGGCCUGCAUCCUCGCGGACCGGCAGAAAUUGAGGACGAUUCGACUGGACACUACCUGAGAGCCACCUGUGCUCUCUUAUUGCUUCCAUUUCUUUCUCGUGACUGCUCGUUGUGUACAAAAGCAUGGCAGAAAAGUUCAGUGUACAGGGCUAGAGCCGAUAUUUUCAUACAGCAGGACCGCAUUGCUGGCAUGCGCGUACAUUUCUUAACUGUGUGCAAAUCAGAUAAAACUGCUUUGCUGUUAUUUUUUUCAUUAUUUACUCGAAGCCUCUCAUUUUGUAUUGCCUGUUAGAUUGCUUUAUUUCUAAUGUUCCUAGCGGAAUACAUUUUUAUAAAGGCACUGAAGGAGCUUGCACUUUAGUCCCUAUAUCUUCUUUUAAUUACCUUGCAGGUUUUAACGUGGUCGCUUGUUUACUAAUUAGCGAUGUACAGGGCAUUAGGAAUUUACUUACCAAAGUGCUAUUUGACAUGCCAAGUGUUCGUCACUGGCACGUCUAACAUCACGAUAGCUUGCUAUGUUUCGUUUGUAUGGCUUGGAGUUUGUUAAACGUAUGUGCUUGUAAACAUGUAUACAGGAUUCUGUUUUCAUAAUGCGCCUAAGUUGGCCUGAAGCACUACACCUCACAACACUUUGUUUUUGACUGGUUUGUGGAUUUUUAUGUUGCUAAUCCAUUAUCAGUUCGCAACAUACAUGGAGUUAGGAAUUGACUGACCCCAGCAGGCUGUUGAACAUAAGAAAUAAUUAUCUCUAUCAUGUCAAGCUGCAUGGUACUACUAUUUUAUCCCAUUUUAGUGGCAGUGUUUUGCCUGCCAUAGUUUGAAGUUACUUUACUGCACUAUAUGUUUACAAGGGCAUGCAGAAAUAUUUUCCUACUACAUGUUCUGAAUCUGAGACGUUCACUACAAUGCGGUCUUGGGUGUACCAACCAGUUAUUCAUCUACUAGGCACAAUGAACAUCAUUUGACGAAAUGGGCUGGAUUUCUGUUUAUCUGAUUUCUGAUGUAAUCCUGCACCGUGCAUCAAGUGUGAGGAGUUGAAUCUUCACCCUUCUUAUAUACUUGCGGGUGAUUGGGUACUCUCAAAGACAGUAGUGCUAAGAGCCAGUGCCAAAUAGUUAUGUGGAAAGGCACGUGUUCACAAACGUGCACCUUUUACCAUAUUUAGUGUUGCAUUUUAAUUUUUGUUGGCAGAGAACUAUUUAGCGCUUAGCACUAAUUUACAAGCAGUGACUUGUUGCAUCCGUGUGAUAACACUUCUUUACAAGCCUAUGAUCCUAAAUAGUAUUCAUUAUAACGAGAGAUAAGGAUUGUAGUUAUUUGAGUAGGCUGGAAUUCUGUAUUUGUGCAGUUAAUUAGCUAUCAACAGCGGGCAGAAGUAAAAAGUAACAUCACACAUGCUGCCCUUGUGGCCAUCUUCUGUUCCUUACUGCAUGCUAAGAUGCCCCCCCUCCCCCUGCCCACCCCUUGUGUUCCACUGUCCUCCUCACACCUAGUGCCAUCCUGUGAGUGUUGUGGAAACCCCAGCACUUUCAGUGUUGCCAUCUGUAGCUUGUCCACAUAACUGCGGCUUCUUAGCAAGGCUUCAUCCUCGUCACAAUGUGCAAAGUGAAUGCACAAAGUGAAUGUGUAGCAGUUAGAAUGUAUAUGCCAUCACGCUAGCUUUUAUUUUGUACACGGCUUUGGUGAGAAUUUAUAAACCUGCAAAAAAAAAAAACUCACAGUGUCCCUGAUGCGUUCACUUAAGACGACCUGAAGGCGAAAGCCAUCUUCUUUUUCUUCUCCGUCGAUGUACUGAUCCUGCCGUGCCACUCUUCGAAAGCUUUGUGCACCUAACGUGGUUUUGCGCUGCCUCUAAGAUCGGAGCAUCUCACCUGGUCUUGCAUUGUCUCCGUGAUUGGACCACCUUGGACCAAGUUAUGAUGUCAUGUGAUGACAUCAUCACGUGAUGAUGACUGUUUGCAUCACUCGUCCCUGAUGCCGACAGUCAAAUUUCGCGUUUGAUCAGGCACCUAAGGCUUUUGUCUUAAAAAAAGGUUCAGGCUGGCUGGAAUUUACUGGCAAUGUCUUCUAACGAGAAUGACUUAGCUCAUUUUAACCUUCAUCUGUGCCAUUAGUUUUCAAAUAACGGCGAGCUCAUUUUUUCUGAAACUGUUGAAGCCCAAGUUCAUUCCAUCAUUGAUCUCUCCAUUUUCACCGUCGCAAAAGUUGCCAUUUGUGGUGCGGUAAAAUACAUAUAUGAUAGCCGCUUUUCGCGGAAUAGGUUUAGUAUUACACUUCGUCAGAUGUAGCAGUGAUGACUGAGUGCGUCUUUCAUGUUUAGGCAAGCAC